AUGGCUUCUCUCAUGCAGUCUCUACCAGCCUCCGCCGUUCGCAAGCAGUCGACGGUGGUUUCAGGCUAUCUACAACGCGCUGCACAGCCCGUUGUUUCUUCAGGGAUACGUAGCUCAAUGGCAUCCCAUUGCUCCCAAUCUAGAUUGAUCAGCUCUCAAACACCUUUCCAGUCCCAGCGCGCCACUUCCCAAUUAUCUAUCUCCACGCAGCAACGUCGAACUUUCCUCGCUCAACUGAAACGCCAAUCCCAAACCUUCAAAGAAAACACAUCAACCAUCACCCCUCCCCCGGCAGCCGCGAAUCUGCAACUCACAAACCUCCCUUACUUCAUUCGCCGAACACCCUCAAACCAACUGCCUGUCUAUCUCAUUACCAAGGCCGGAGGGACCAAGCAGCAGACGAAAAUCCAGAAGACAGAGGGCGACCUAGACGCCUUGAGAAACGACCUUGCACGAUACUUGGGACUUGAGUCCGGCGAGCGCAACUCUGCAAAGAGUUCAGAAAUCACCAUCAACCGACUAAAUGGGCAUAUCAUUGUCAAGGGCUGGCGAAAACCCGAGAUCCAAAAGUUUCUUCUUGAACGUAAUUUUUAA